UGAGCGAGCCUCGCGUUCUCCGCGCUUCCUUGGGGGGAAAAGCCAGCCGGGAGGGAAGCGGAGCGGGAGAAGCGGGCGGGUUUUCCCGAGCGGGUCCCGCCGAGGCGCUGACGGUGCUUCCGGGCGUGUGCGUUUAGCCUCGGUGGGGGGAAAAAAAAGCCGGGAUGUGCGUCCGGGUUGGGCCGGCUCGCCUUCUGCUGGCUGCCCGUCGUCGCCCUGGAGGCGCCUCUCGCGCUCCGCCACAGACGCGCGCAGAUACACACACACGCGCGCAGACGCCUAUCGCGACGCUGCGGUUACAGAAUUGGGAACAUCUAAAAUAAGAUUUUGAAGUAACUGCAACCUUCUGUGACUUGACACGAUGUUGGAAGAAGAUAUGGAAGUGGCCAUCAAGGUGGUGGUGGUUGGGAAUGGAGCAGUUGGGAAAUCUAGUAUGAUCCAGAGAUACUGCAAAGGAAUUUUUACAAAAGACUACAAGAAGACGAUUGGAGUUGAUUUCCUGGAAAGAGAAAUGCAAGUCAACAAUGAAGAUGUCCGACUGAUGCUGUGGGAUACUGCUGGUCAAGAAGAAUUUGAUGCUAUUACUAAAGCUUAUUACAGAGGAGCCCAAGCUUGUGUGCUUGUAUUUUCAACCACUGACAGAGAGUCGUUUGAAGCAAUCCCUACCUGGAAGGAAAAAGUGGUGUCAGAAGUUGGAGACAUUCCUACAGUGCUUGUUCAAAAUAAAAUUGACCUCCUGGAUUAUUCUUGUAUAAAGAAUGAAGAAGCAGAGGCACUGGCCAAGAAGCUGAAAUUAAGGUUUUAUCGAACAUCUGUGAAAGAGGACUUAAAUGUAACAGAAGUUUUUAGAUAUUUGGCUGAGAAGUACCUUCAAAAACUCAAACAACGAAUAGUUGAAGAUCCAGAAAUAGUACAUACAAGUAGUAAUAAAAUUGGUGUCUUCAACACAGCAGGUGGAAGUCAUUCCAGCCAGAAUUCUAAUUUGCUUAAUGGUGGUGAUGUCAUCAACCUUAAACCAAACAAACAAAGGACCAAGAAAAACAGAAGCCCUUUUAGCAACUGCAGCAUCCCCUAGCCCUGCCAUGGGGGAAAAGGAAAGACGGUCUGACAGAGCUCUUCAACUGGUGUUGUUAAGGAGCCCAGCUGGUAGCAGAUGUUGCACACAUUGGAUCCCACCAAGCUAGUGGAUACUGCUGUUACAAUGAAUUAUUAUUAUUAUUAUUAUUAUUGGUACAUAAUGAGAUUUCUGGUGGCACAGAAAUAGAAUUAUUGGCCCGUGCAUUCAUUCUAUAUUGCAUAUGACAACUUUCCAGUUGAAAGGUAUGGUGUAUUAAAGUGUACAGUAGGUUUUACUUUUUUUAACAUAAAGCUGAAAUGCUUAAAUAUCAAUACUGUCCACAUAGUUCAAGAUAAAAUAAUGUUUCCUGGUGGAUGUUCUGCCUUGUUAGCAACAUAUUUUUAGAAGAAAAGCAGAAAUUAAUAGUUUGUUAAAAUGCCCAGUGCACAUUCUGUCAACAUUGGUGGUGCAAUACUUGUAUAGCUAAUGAAUUUUAACUUCAGUGUGCCUAUGUGUGUAGAAACUUGCUUAAAGAUUCAGGCUAAUAAACUUGUACUGGGUCCAUUUAUAAGGUCCUAAUUACUUACAAAGUGGCAUUUUAAUAUUAAGUUUUAAGUUUUAGGUAACUUUUGAUGGUACUUGCCAUAUCCAAACUUUGCCUACAUGAUGGGCCUUAAGUUCUUUUAUAAAACUGUGCUGUGCCAAAAAGUCAUGUUAAUGCUGCUGCACUUAGAUAUUUUAGUCAAUUGUGUAUCAGGUAGAAAUUCUGAAUCUUAAUAGGAUGAGCAGAUGAUAAAAGGUACAGCCAAGCUGAACAUAAUCAGUUUGCUUCCUUAAAAAAAUAGAACUCUAUAGCUAAAAUGCUCCCAUAGCUUUGACUAUGCAGACCUUUCUUGGCAAGAUGAUGUCUCUGCUUUUUAAGAUGC